UGUGCAUCAUGGGUAAACAUUCCAUAGAUCAGACGGUUGAGCAUGCAUGAUCAGUAUUGAGGUCCAUACAAAUGACUGAAUUAUCUAGGGUUUCUAUUUUCAAGCUUCAAAGCCACUGCCUUUCCAGAACCCCCCAUCAUCUUGAAAUCGCAGCUUUCAACAUUUCUGGAUUGGUUCCUCUUUCUCUGUUCUCAGCCCUCUGCGAGAAAACCUUUGUUGCUUUGCAAGAAAUUGUGAUUGGCUUGCAGAUUGCAACUUUACCUUGUUCUGAUUCUGGGUUUUGUGUUAAGUGGGUGAGAGAGUUAUAUGGGGAAGUCUGGGGGUAGAAGAAAGAAGGGUGGUGGAAACCAUGGCUCUGGAGAUACCGCAGUUCCUAAUGCUAAUGGUGGUGUUGAUUUGGACUGUUCAAUAUUUUUGAAGAGAGCCCAUGAGCUCAAAGAGGAAGGUAACAAGAGAUUUCAAUCCAAAGACUAUGUGGGUGCUCUUGAACAAUACGAUAACGCCCUUAAGCUUACCCCCAAAACCCACCCGGACAGGGCUGUGUUUCACAGCAAUAGGGCGGCUUGCUUGAUGCAAAUGAAGCCCAUAGACUACGAAACUGUUAUUUCUGAGUGUUCUUUGGCGCUUCAGGUUCAGCCUCGAUUUGUCCGGGCUCUCCUCCGGAGAGCGCGGGCAUUUGAGGCAAUAGGUAAGUAUGAGAUGGCGAUGCAGGAUGUGCAGUUGUUGUUGGGUGCUGAUCCAAACCACCGGGAUGCUUUGGAGAUUGCUCAGAGGCUGCGGGUGGCACUUGGACCUCGCCAGGAGGCCCAGCAGGACCUCCAGAGCCGCCCGUCCCCAGCUGCUCUUGGAGCUUCAGCUGUUCGGGGAGCCCCAAUUGCUGGUCUUGGACCAUGUUUACCAGCGAGGCCAGCUCCGAAGAAGGCAGCAGCAUCGGCUGGAGGAUCCCUUGUGUCACCUAAUAUUAAAUUGGAGAAGCCCCAUUCGAAUCUGGCUGCUGAAAAUGGUCCUGAACCCAAAACCCAUAUGCCAAAACUCAUUUUGAAACCUUCAGAGGGUUCUUCCAAAUCCAUUGUUAAUCCAAGUAAGGACAAUCACAAAGAACUAUUGCCUUUUUCAUCAGCAUCAUUGCGGGUUCAUGGGCAGGCUUUGGAGGCUGUAAUUUGUUGGAGGCCAUUGAAGCUUGUAUAUGAUCAUGAUAUAAGGCUUGCCCAAAUGCCGGUGAAUUGCAGUUUUAGAAUGUUGAGGGAGAUUGUAGGUAAACGUUUUCCCUCAUCGAAAUCAGUGUUGAUUAAGUACAAGGAUAGUGAUGGUGAUUUGGUUACUAUUACCUGCACUGGUGAACUCAGAUUGGCAGAGUCCUUUGUGGACAAUCUUUUGCCGAAAGAACCUGAAAUGGGUAAAACUGAUUCUGUUGCAGUGUUGAGAUUGCAUAUUGUAGAGGUGAAUCCUGAACAAGAGCCGCCUUUGUUGGAAGAAGAAGAGGAGAAGCCUGUGGAAAAUGAGGGUAUUAAGGGAGAUGAAAGUGGUUCUCAUUCUUCGCUCAGUGAUUCUAUGUUGGAUGCUGCAGAUACUGAAAUCGAUAAGACAGAGAAAGAAGUUGCCAAGGGGAAACCCGUGGGUGUUGAAGAUCCAGAGUGCAAGGAAAUGGAGAUGGAUGAUUGGUUGUUUGAGUUUGCCCAGCUUUUCCGGACCCAUGUUGGUAUUGACCCUGAUGCUCAUGUAGACCUGCAUGAACUUGGUAUGGAGCUUUGUUCUGAAGCUCUUGAGGAGACUGUGACAAGUGAAGAGGCUCAAAGCCUUUUUGACAAGGCCGCCUUAAAGUUCCAGGAGGUCGCUGCAUUGGCUUUCUUUAACUGGGGGAAUGUUCACAUGUGUGCAGCCAGGAAACGUAUUCCAUUGGACGAAUCUGCUGGGAAGGAGUUAAUGGCAUCCCAGCUUCAAGCUGCUUAUGACUGGGUUAAGGAGAAGUACUCUUUGGCCAGUGAGAAGUAUAAGGAAGCACUAUUGAUCAAACCAGACUUUUAUGAGGGGUUGCUUGCCCUGGGCCAACAGCAAUUUGAAAUGGCAAAACUUCACUGGUCAUUUGCUCUUGCAAAGAAAAUAGAUCUCUCAAGCUGGGACUCAACAGAGACAAUUGAACUUUUUGACAGUGCAGAGGAGAAGAUGAAAGCUGCUACAGAGAUGUGGGAGAAGCUGGAGGAGCAGAGAACUAAUGAGCUAAAGGAUCCAAACACAAGCAAGAGGGAAGAAUUGUUGAAAAGAAGGAAGAAACAAGGAGGUGGAACUGAAGUUGAUGGUCAGGGGGAGAUUUCAGCAGAUGAAGCUGCAGAACAAGCAGCUGUAAUGAGAUCACAGAUACAUCUCUUCUGGGGUAACAUGCUUUUUGAGCGUUCCCAAGUUGAAUGCAAAUUAGGGAUGAAUGGUUGGAAGAAUAACCUGGAUGCUGCUGUUGAGCGCUUCAAGCUUGCUGGAGCCUCAGAAUCUGACAUAUCAACGGUUUUGAAGAAUCAUUGCUCCAAUGAAGAAGGAGAUCAGAAAAAGAAUGAGAAGCUGAGUACUGGUGUUGCAUUUGCCAUGGAUAAUAAGGAUGAGGUCAAUCCAGUAUCAGGGAAGUGAAAUGUUCAUUUUGUGUGGUGACCUUUCAUGAAAUUACCUUCAUAUUUUCUCCUCAUUGAUGAUUAUGAAGUGAAAAGAGGAAGUAAAGCUUUCUGAGAAGAGGGUGAGCUCGUUGGACAUUUUUAUUUUGAAAUAUAAAAACGGGCUGCCAACGUUACACAGCCUUGUGCUUGGAGGAAUUUUGAGUUUUAAUACUCCCUGUUAGCUUUCAAGGUGACAUUUACUCAACAUUACGUUGUUUGGAAUACUGAUAGUUUUUCAUGGAUAAUUUUAUGUGCUUAGGAUUUAAUUUUGGGCUUUGCUGCCCUGUCCAAUUACAGUGUGUUUAUCAAUCCAUUCUUGGCCUUUAUGGGACCUAA